AACCCGGAUUGGACCGCCGCCGCCCUCUCCAUCCCCUACGGCGCCCCCGAUUACUCACGUGACGCCGGAGCACACGUGACUCAAAGAGUACACAUGACCUCCCGUCGCCGGGCACCUCCAGAAGAGCAAGGACCCAAGGAGCCGAGAUGGUGCGAGCCACGCUGCCGCCGCCGUUGCUGCUCCUGCUCCUAUCCUGGGCGCCCCGAGGCCAGGCCGCCCCCGACCAGGACGAGAUCCAGUCCCUGCCCGGGCUGGCCAAGCAGCCGUCUUUCCGCCAGUACUCCGGCUACCUCAGAGGCUCCGGGUCCAAACGGCUCCACUACUGGUUUGUGGAGUCCCAGAAGGAUCCCCAGAGCAGCCCCGUGGUGCUUUGGCUCAACGGAGGGCCGGGCUGCAGCUCCCUGGAUGGCCUGCUCACAGAGCAUGGCCCCUUUCUGGUCCAGCCAGAUGGUGCCACCCUGAAGUAUAACCCCUAUUCUUGGAACCUGAUUGCCAACGUUUUGUACCUUGAGUCUCCAGCCGGGGUGGGCUUCUCCUACUCUACUGACAAGUCUUAUGCUACCAAUGACACGGAGGUCGCCCAGAGCAAUUUUGAGGCCCUUCAAGACUUCUUCCACCUUUUCCCGGAGUACAAGGACAAUGAGCUUUUCCUGACAGGAGAGAGCUAUGCCGGCAUUUACGUCCCCACCCUGGCUGUGUUGGUCAUGCAGGACCCCAGCAUGAACCUUCAGGGGCUGGCUGUGGGCAAUGGACUCUCCUCCUAUGAGCAGAAUGACAACUCCCUGGUCUAUUUCGCCUACUACCAUGGCCUUCUGGGGAACAGGCUCUGGUCAUCCCUCCAGACCCACUGCUGCCCUCAAAACAAGUGUAACUUCUACGACAACAAAGACCCAGAAUGUGUGACCAAUCUUCAAGAAGUGUCCUGCAUCGUGGGCGGCUCUGGCCUCAACAUCUACAACCUCUAUGCACCAUGUGCUGGUGGGGUGCCCAACCAUUUAAGGUAUGAGGGUGACACUGUGUCAUUCCAGGACUUGGGCAGCCUCUUCACUCGCCUGCCACUCAAGCGGACAUGGCAUCAGGUACUGCUGCGCUCUGGGACUACAGUGCGCAUGGACCCCCCCUGCACCAACACCACAGCCGCCUCCACCUACCUCAACAACCCUUUCGUGCGGAAGGCCCUCCACAUCCCUGAGCAGCUGCCCCACUGGGAUAUGUGCAACUUCCUGGUGAAUAUACACUACCGCCGUCUCUACGAAAGCAUGAACUCCCAGUAUCUGAAGCUGCUCACCGCACAGAAAUACCGGAUUCUGCUAUACAAUGGAGAUGUGGACAUGGCCUGCAAUUUCAUGGGGGAUGAGUGGUUUGUGGAUUCCCUCAACCAGAAGCUGCAGGCUGCUAAGUCUUUCCUGGUGGGGCAGGUGGAGGUACAGCGCCGGCCCUGGUUAGUGGACUACGGGGACAGUGGGGAGCAGAUUGCUGGCUUCGUGAAGGAGUUCUCCCACAUUGCCUAUCUCACCAUCAAGGGCGCCGGACACAUGGUACCGACAGACAAGCCCCAGGCUGCCCUAACCAUGUUCUCCCGCUUCCUGACUAAGCAGCCAUACUGAUGGCCACAGGGACCAGUCUUCCACUGCCUGAUGCAGCACCUCCUGGCCCCCCCAGCCCCUCCUGCCAGGAGGGAGGUCCUCCUUUAUGCAGAAUGCCCCUGCGGGGCAGGUCCCUGCCUCCAGAACUCCCCCCGCCCCCCACCCCGAACCACGCUCCAGUGCCUCACACAGACAAUGGGGGGGAGUUAGCACUUUAUUCCUAACUGGGCACAUGGGGGACAGGGGCCUCGCCCCCUCCUGGCUUUAAAAUGCCCUUAAUGCACUGGAACACAGAGGAGCUCAGGACAGCCCACAGGAGGCUGGAUGGACUGUAAUUGAUAGACUGACUGCAAUUAUGGAAUUAAAUUGCAUACAGCUUUAAAAACCA